UUAGAAAUUAUCGAUCAAACAAUCUGCCCCAACAUUCCAUUCGUGUUCGAAUCAUUUUCAUCACAAUGUCUUACCUUUGCUUGGGUCCUAUAAGUGCGGGAAAAACGCUUCUACUAACGUGUCUGCAAAAUCCGGACUCGGUCAACUUUACGUCCCAUUCGGUGCCCAGUGUGGGCACCAAUUUAUUCACCAUCAAAAUUCCUCCCGUGGUUAUCGAUGAGAAGGACAUCAAUGUAAAGCCUCCACCGCCACCACGCAAACGAGACCUCGUGCAGGUUCGAGAAGUCGGUGGCUGUUUGGCACCAAUUUGGCGAGAUUACUUGAAUAGACCCGUGGAUAAGGUUAUCUACGUAGUGGACACAUCGAAUCUGUGCCAAAUCUCGGCUGCUGGUGUUUUGCUAUAUUCCAUGCUUGCAGAGCCAAGGUUACAGAAAGCGAAAUUUCUUUUGGUGCUUUCGAAGAUGGAUCUCGCUUAUCGACAAAUGAGGAACGAAGCUCUACUGAUGCUCCAAAUGGAAAAGUUUAGAAAACAGAUUGCCCAAGAUAUCACCAUUGUGCAGUUUAGUGCCAUUAAUAAGGAAGGAAUCGAUGAGAUCUACGAAUGGUUAGCCACCUAA